AUGUCUGUGACUUCAGCUCAAGAAAAGGCUAAACGUACCUAUAACGAAAUGAAGGCUGGGAUACCUGUCAAUGGUAUACCAGUGAAUGGAACACGUCAACAAUACCUUCAACAACAACAACAGCAACAGCAUCGUCCAUCACCUUUGGCCCAACAACAACGACAAGCUCAACUGAAUGGUAAUGCUCAUGGAUUGGCUGGUGUUAGAAGUCCUAAUCAAAGAAGGGUUUAUAAUUUUGCUGAAACUUCUGAAGAGAUUUUGAAGAAGUAUGAAAAUUUUGAUCCAAGCUUAGAGUUUCACAUACAUGAAAACCAUUAUAGAUUUGGGAAUCAAGAUGGUAUAAUAUCGAAAAAUAGUCAACUUGUAAAAGAUUUUUUAGAAUAUGUGGCAAGAGAAGAAAUACCGCAUGCUAUUGUGGAAGUUUUAAGAGAUGCUGGUAUAAGAUUUUAUGAAGGUUGUAUUAUUUUAAAAGUUUAUGAUCAUAGAAAUACAAUCGAGGUGGAGAGUAUUAAUGAAACUACUAAAAAUAAAGAAUUGAAAAAAGUUCCAAGAUCUUUUAAAACAUUAUUGAAACCAACACAAUUAUCAUUAUUUUAUGAUUUAUUAUACCAAACAGAUUCUGCAUUACAAAGAUUUAGUGAUCAUUUAGGUGUCAGUAUGGAGGCUGAGAUUUUAUCACUGACUAAAAGAAAAUUGGAUUUAUCUGUUCCAUCAAACCCAUAUCAUAUACCUGAGCCUUUUAGACCACAAUCUGAAUAUCCAAAAAUUAAUAAAGAAACUGGUGAAAUUAUUCAUAAUCAUAGACUAGAAUCAACUGAUCCAGAAUCAAAAGCUUUCAAACCUUAUAAAGAUCUCCAUGAUGAUUUACCACAACAAAACUCUGAAUAUGAACAAUUUAUGUUGUUGAUGAAUGAUAAGGCAAACCAUGCACUAGGAGAUUCAGGAAGUGAUCCAAGUCAAUUCACAAGAUUAAGAUUUGUUGAGCAAUGGAGAAUCAAGAAAGAAAAAUUAAAACAACAAUCAAUGUCUGCUAAUUUAACAAGUCGACAAUUUAGUUCACAAAAUGGGAAUUUAACACCUGCCCAACAACACCAAUUACAACAACAACAACGGUUAAUGCAAUUGCAACAACAAAGAAUGCAAGGCAUGAGUCCAUUACAACAACAGCAACAUUUAUUAAACCAACAGAAAGCUAUGGCUCAACAACAAUUACAACAACAACAACAGCAGCAGCCACAACAAGCACCACAGCAGAAUAAAGAUGUUGAUGAAGAUGGUAAGAAAGUUAAAAAACCAAAGAAACCUACAAAGAAGGCAGCCGCCGCGGCGGCAGCAGCAGCAGCUACAGCUGGUAAAACCCUUCCAGGUUAUUCUGGAAAGACUUUACCUGGCGGCGGUGAAGAACCACCAAAGAAGAAGAGAGGUUCUUAUAAGAAAAAGAAUAAAACUGAUGCUAAUACUAAUAAUAAUUGA